AUGGAGAAAAUAGCACAGAAAUGGAUCGAGACCACCACGGUGAAGCCUGAAUGGCUGCCAGACGGGACCAAAUUCUGGUAUCGACACUUUUCCGAGCCUGGCAAGUUCCAAUUUGUCCUGGUUGACGCCGUCGAGAGGCGGAGUGAUGUCGCCUUUGACCACAAGCAGCUGGCCGAGGCUCUGGAAGAAAAGACGGGCGAGAAGUUAGACGAGAAUGCUCUUCCGUUCACCUGGAUUGAGUACAUCCCCGAAACUUCAUCUGUCCGGUUCCGUUUUGCCGAUAAGAACUGGGAGUAUGGGCCUGGAAAUGACCUGAGACAAUGGGAAGGCGAACUCUCCUCGGAUCAGUCGAACCAGUUUCUACCAAGAGAAAUACCCUCUUCCAACGGCGACACUGAGAUAACUGUCGACUUUGUCAACCGUACCGGAACAACCAUCAAAGCAUUCUGGAUCGACUGGGAUGGCGAACCGAUAUGGUAUCACACCAUCCAUAACGGCGGGACAGUGCGUCAAGAAACCUACGUUGGCCAUGUCUGGCGAUUCGUAGAUGCGUUGGAUGAGAGGUUUCGGGCCAUUUAUGCUGCACCGGAUCAGCGUACCGAUGUCGUCGUUAUCAAGAAUCUUGUCGAUUUGGACGAGGAAGCUUCUUCGUCGAACAAUGACGACAAUAUCGAGGAGGACGAGGAGGACGAAUCAACUGCUUCGACGACUGAACCUCAACUCUACGUCAAGAACUCCAACGUUUGGUUUGGAAAGAAGGACGGCCAGGACAAACAGUUGUCUGAAUAUGGCAGCGAGGAACAUCCGUACGACGAGGGUCAACUGCACAUGUCACCCAACAACCGGUAUGCGGUUGCGUGGCAAUACACCCCCGAGCAGGAUCACAAGAUACACCUCGUGGAAUCAUCUCCAGAUGACCAGAUCGAACCGAAGCUGCACACUGUUCAAUAUCUGAAGCCAGGGGACAGGGUGAGAAUCAACAGGCCUCGCCUCUUUGACCUGGAAAGUCAUCGUGAGAUCCCAACAGACAACGUACUGUUCAGGAACCCCUACAAGAUACGGGAUCUGGGAUGGAGCAAGAGUGGCCACGAGUACCGUUUUCUCUUUAAUGAGCGUGGUCAUCAACAUCUCAGGGUGAUCGGGAUCGGCAUCGACGGACAAGUAAGGACUCUUGUUGAAGAGCAGAGCAGCACUUUCGUCGACUACACAAAGCUGUACGUCAAGCUCCUCGAGGAAUCAGACGGGCUUGUGUGGUCGAGUGAGCGCGAUGGAUACAACCAACUCUAUCUGGUUGAUCUCGCCCAAGGUACCAUCAGCAACCAGAUAACCAAGGGAUCUUGGUCAGUUGGCGAUGUCCAAUUUGUCAAGGAAGACGAACGUCGUAUAUGGUUCCAGGGCUAUGGAGUCCAGCCUGAAGAGGAGCCGUAUCACAAACAUCUCUGCUGCGUCAACUUUGACGGGUCUGACUUUAAGAUCCUUACAGAAGGAGAUGGAACCCAUUCGUGGGCUUGGUCUCCAGACAAGCGCUUCUUGAUCGAUACUUGGUCGAGAGUGGAUUUGGUGCCGACGACAGUCCUACGUGAUGGGGCUUCUGGCGAGAUGUUGCUGGAACUCAGCAAGACGUCCAUGGAUGAGCUGGAGAAGGAUGGUUGGGCUCCGCCUGAGAGGUUUGCAGCUCCUGGUCGAGAUGGCGAAACCAUGAUAUACGGAAUCAUCAUUCGUCCUGUCGAGUUUGACAGCAACAAGAAAUACCCUGUUCUUGAUGACAUAUACGCUGGACCUCACGACUUCCAUGUCCCAAAGGCCUUUUCAGCUCUCGCCAGACAGCGGAAAUGGGCAGACCAGGGUUACGUCGUGGUACAAAUCGACGGUAUGGGGACAAGUCACCGCAACAAAGCCUUUCACGACGUCUGCUACAAGAACCUUCACGACUCUGGUCUUCCAGAUCACAUAGCCUGGCUCAAAGCCGCAGCAGAAGCUCGCCCGUGGCUGGACCUGUCCCGCGUAGGCAUCAUGGGAGGAUCAGCCGGCGGACAGAGUGCGGCUGCAGCUCUCCUGCACUACGGCGACUUUUACAAAGCUGCGGCAGCUGACUCUGGAUGUCACGAUAACCGCAUGGAUAAACUGUGGUGGAACGAGCUGUGGAUGGGCUACCCCGUCGACGAGGCGUACGCAGAGUCGUCCAACGUGACGCACGCGGCCAAGUUACGAGGGGCGCUGAUGCUGAUUGUCGGGGAGCUUGAUGACAAUGUUGAUCCGUCUUCGACGUUUCAAUUUGUCAAGGCAUUGAACAAGGCUGGAAAGAAUUACGAGUUGCUUGUAUGGACUUGCUCGGCAGCGUGA